UGCUAAAAACGACAAUAUACUCAAAGGAUAGAAAUUUUAAAUGUUUUAAUUGAAAUUAUAUUAUUUGUUACGCAACAAAAUAAACUCACAUUAUGACUGAUCCGGAACCAACCGUGGAAACUAAAUCAACAAUGCAGCCGCUCGAUGAGAAACUGGAAGAGCAAAUGCACAAACAACUACACACAAAAGAAGUGGAUAUUUAUCGUGAUACCUUCUUACGUUAUAUGGGCUACAGCAACGAGGUGGGCGAGGCAUUUCGUCCGCUGUUACCCAAAUCAAUAGUUGCUGCCUCCUAUGGCAUGGCCAUUGGCUAUGUCUGCACUGAUACCUUUGACAAGGCGUUGCGCCAUCAAAUGGCCGGCGGUACCGAUCGCCAGGUGGCGCUAGUGGGCGCCGAUGUGUUUACUUGGCAAAUGUUUGCAUCAGUUAUAAUACCUGGAUUGACCAUCAAUCGCAUCACUGCAGUUAGCAAAACGCUGUUGAAGAAGUCACCCAGUUUCGUGGUGAAGACGUUGCCUACACUAAUCGGAUUGAUCAGCAUCCCAUUGAUAGUGCAUCCCAUCGAUAGCUUGGUAGAUCGACUAAUGGACGCCACCUACAGAAAGAUGGUGCGAUAAUAAACUAAAUGGCCGGACUGCUCAUCCACGAUUGGUGCUACUUGUAUUGUUCAUUCAGGCAUUCCGAAAAUUCAAAUUUAUAGACUAGUGAAAUUGAAUAACAUUUUGAUAAAU